CCACAGAUGCUGAGAUAUCCUUCCGUUUCGUGAAGUAAAACAAACCUCUUCACUCUUUAUCUCUCAGAGCGACAAAUCUCUCGAGACUAACUCUGAUCCGAUCAACAAUCUCCAUCACCAUUAGAUCAAAUCGGAAAUUCGAGAUCGAUCGCAUUUGAUCAAACUUUUCUCUCUCAAUCAAUCUGGUCAACCCCCUCCGAUGAUUUAAGAAUCCGAUUUAGCGCAAAGUCCGAAACUUUACCGAGAUGGGUUUCCUCGAAUCGGUGAAAUCGAUCAAUUGGGAGCACGAAUCGUUCCCUACGUACGAGGAUUUCGUGUGGUUGCCUCUCUUCGCUGUCUUCUUCCCUUCCAUACGCUUCCUUCUCGACAGAUUCGUCUUCGAGAAAGUGGGAAGGUUGUUUAUUUACGGAAGGCAGAGUCCGAAAAAGAAUAACAAGAAGACGAAAAUCAGAAAAUUCAAAGAGUCAGCUUGGAAGUGUAUCUACUACCUCUCAGCUGAGGUGCUUGCUUUGUCUGUGACGUACAACGAGCCUUGGUUUACAGACACUCUCUACUUCUGGGUUGGUCCUGGAGAUCAGAUCUGGCCUAACCAACAGAUGAAGAUAAAGUUGAAGUUUUUAUAUAUGUAUACAGCUGGGUUCUACACUUACUCUAUAUUCGCGUUGAUCUUUUGGGAAACAAGACGUUCUGACUUUGGUGUUUCCAUGGGUCAUCAUAUCACUACUGUUAUCCUCAUCGUCCUCUCCUACAUCUGCAGAUUCUCUCGUGCUGGCUCUGUUGUUCUUGCGCUCCAUGACGCGAGCGAUGUGUUCCUUGAAGUUGGGAAGAUGUCUAAGUAUAGCGGGUUUGAGAGUAUAGCAGCCUUUUCGUUUGUGCUUUUUGCUUUGUCUUGGGUGGUUCUACGUCUCAUUUACUAUCCUUUCUGGAUCCUUUGGAGCACGAGCUAUCAGAUUAUUAUGACUGUGGACAAGGAGAAGCAUCCUAUCGAAGGACCGAUCUACUACUACAUGUUCAACACACUCUUGUUUUGCCUGCUUGUGCUUCAUAUAUUCUGGUGGGUUUUGAUUUACCGGAUGCUUGUGAAACAAGUACAGGAUCGAGGCAAGCUUAGCGAAGAUGUCAGAUCCGAUUCUGAAAGCGAUGAUGAACAUGAGGAUUGAUCAUUGCACGUUUGGGAAUCUCUAUUUCUUAAAAAAAAACAGAGAGGACUUUCAGGCUUCUCAUUUCAUUUCAUCUUUCUGGGUGUUUGCUAAAUUUUAAAAGUGGGGGAGGAUCUUAACCAGAACAAACCGGUUUUUGGAUAACUUUGGGAAUUGCAUUUUUGGAUCGGUUUUCUUGAGAUUUGUUUAGACAUUGCUUCACUUGUUUUUUUUUUUCCUUUUUUUUCUGUAGUGUUAUUUUAUGGACCUCUUUUGUUGUUUUGGAAUAACACAAUUGCUUUGUAACCGACUGUCAUAACAUUUUAUGGCUAGGUAAGCGAAUAAUUCUCAGGAAAAAUGAGCUUUUUUGGAGUUUUA